GGACGCGGCGCCGUGGUCGUUAGCACCAAACCGCGCUGGGGCUGGCGUGACGACGAAUGGGGCGAUGGGCAAAGACAGCAGAUCGGUUGGCGAGACACGUGCGGCGGCAUGGACAACGUUUUCCCGAGUGGUGCUGGUGUAUUGGCACUGAUUGAUGAGCUUGCCGUGGACACCAUUCUGAACGGCGUGCUCGUGGGGAAGUCGAUCGCCGUGGGGGCUGUGCCCACCCAAAGCAAGCAGACUACGCCCCUGUACAAGGCCUGGGUGUUCGACGGCGAGACAUUGGGCGAACUUGUCGCGCGGGGUGCGCAUGCUGUGGAGAUGGAGCAGGCUCUUUCGCACAUUCCCAGCGGCAGCGUUGUCGCUAUCAGCCCCGUGACGGCAUCAGGCAAUGGCUACGCCUUUGAGCUCCGCAGCCGCCCUCGCAUCCGGGCGGAGGGCAAUUCGUCGAUGGCCGUGCCAGUGAAAACGCUUGAAGUGGCCAGCCAGCAAGCUAACAAAUCAAGGGUCGAACUGGGCGGAAGGGCGCAUCGUUGCGAUGCAUCCACGGGCACUUGCGUCAAGGCCCGGCGCAACAUACACCUCGUCAGCAGCGACGGCCAGGUGGUUGUUGUAACGAUGUGGGGCAAGGCAGCCGCGUUCCACCUGGAUGACGCGGCUUACGUCCGCAUCAUGGGGGCCAGUGUUGACCGUGGGAACAGCAAAUUCAGUCUCAACGACGAUGGCGCUGUCAGCGUGGUCAUCGCCGUCCGCGAGACGUUCUUCAACAUGUGA